GAGAAGGCAACGGUCCAACGUCCAACGGACACAGUGAAAACGGGGUUGGCGGAAUCCAAACGCCGGAAUUCACCGCAUUUAAACCCGCGGUGUGAGGUCCGUGGCCAACUCUCUCUCUCUCUUGUUGCUACAAUUUCCAACAACACUCGCUACCGAUAUAGGCUUUGGCUGCAUUGUCUGAGAAUCUGAGUUAGACAGUACUGCUCCUUCCUACCUAGCUUACUCGAGCGGAGAGAGAAAGACUGAGAGAAGAGCAGCCGCCGCCGCCUUCAUCGCCACCGGAUAAGAAGCAGCGGCGGAGCAAUGGGGAGAUCCAAUUCCUGCUUCAAGAUUAUCACAUGCGGAAGCGAUUCCACAGCUGAUAAGGAUGACAUUGACAUUCAAGCUCCCGAGAACAAAGGUUCAAGUGACAAGCGCGGGUGGAGUUUCCGGAAAAGAUCAGACCGUCAUAGAGUUCUAAGCAAUAAUGUAACAUCAGAACCCCCCUCUACAGCAAACAAGGAAAGCAUAGAACCUGCCAGUCUUAGCUAUCGACAACAGGAUGCUCCUUCAGUUCCUGAGAAAAUUUCGGUUGCAGAAUGCAUCGAUGAGAAGCCAGCAUUGUCAGUCCCGGUGGAAGAGAAAACAUCAAAGACCAUUACACUCGACCGAGAUGAAAAGGAAGCUGAUACUCAUGUGGAAGACUCGGUUGUUAUUAUCCUACAGUCUGCGGUCAGAGCUUUUAUGGCUAAAAAAGAAUUUGUCAGGCUUAAGAGUGUGGUGAAGUUACAAGCUGUUGUGCGUGGCCACCUGGUCAGACAACGUGCUGUGGGAACCCUACGCUGUGUUCAGGCCAUUACUAAAAUGCAAGUACUUGUGCGUGCCCGUCAUGCUCGUAAUCGAGAGUCAAACAUUGACAAUGGGAAAGCUGGGAAAAUUGCUUCCUCAAAAUCCUCGAAAAAGGAACUCUCCAUAUCUAAACCAACGAUAACUUAUACUUCACUCGAGAAGUUGCUGAGCAACAGAUUUGCUCGCCAGCUAAUUGGUUCAACACCAAAGUCAAGGCCUAUCAACAUCAAGUGUGAUCCUCUAAGACCUAAUUCCUCUUGGGUCUGGUUAGAGAGAUGGAUGUCUGCUUCAUCCGUUGAGCCCACACCAAAACCGGAGCCAACUCCAAAACCAAAGUCCUUCCCAGAAAAGGUUGAAGAAGAGAAGCAAGAGGUGCAUGCUGUGGUAUCUGAGAGUUCCCUUGUGGUUGAAGUUUCGAGAUCCCACAUUGAGGAAGCUGUUUCUUCGUUCGAAAAUGAAGAAAACCUCAUUACAUAUGAUGCAAAUGAUCCCAAGUUGGAGGCAUGCCAAGCAUCAACCCAUCCUGCAGGAGAUAACUCAGAGCAGCCUCAAGGUUCCGUGGAUAUUACUUAUGAUGAUGUCAAGGAGGCAUCAAUUCACUCGAGCUCUCGUCUAAGUCAAACAUCGCAGUCAGAUGUACAAGUUCAACCAACUCAAGAAUUUGAGCAACCUGAACCCCCAAAACGAUCUUCUAUGAAAAGACUUGCCUCAGAUGAGUUAGAGACUGAAGGAAAUAAAUUUGUUUAUGGAUCGAGGAAGGUAAGCAACCCUGCAUUUGUUGCUGCACAGUCAAAAUUUGAGCAUGGGCUGGGUCCAGCUACCGAUUCAAACAAAAGACAUAGCCGAGUGCUACAAGAUGCAGGACAUGAACUUAAACCAGAGAAAGCUUCAUCUGAAGAGACUCUUUCCGUAACUAAGGAGCCUCGUACAGCUGAGCAUUCAGCCACCCAUUUGUCAACCGUGCAAUAUGGAGAUUCUGAAUGUGGUACCGAGCUCUCUGUCACCUCGACUCUUGACUCACCUGACAUAUCUGAAGUUGGAGCAUCAGAACUCGAGCACAGGCAAGAAGGGAAAACUUCAGUGGAGGAAACCCACAGCUCUAGUGUGAUUAAGAAUGCAGGUGAAGAAUUCAAGGAUGCAUCGGAAUAUCCCUUGCACAGCUCUAGUGUGAUUAAGAAUGCAGGUGAAGAAUUCAAGGAUGCAUCGGAAGAUCCCUUGCCCAGUCCUUCUAAUCCUGUUGUCACUCGGUCUGAAGAACUAGAUGGUGUGAAGAGUGAAGCUAUCAUCAACUCGGUCCACUCACCCGAGGUAGAAGUCGAACGAGAACAAGAAGAAGCUGAGAGACUUCCGGAAGCUGCCUCUCCCACCAAAAGCCAAAUUACCAUCCAGGGGGAGGCCCAAGGAACGCCUGCAAGUCAAGUGUCGGUAACUAAAAGCGAGAAACGUGACAGAAGAGCAUCUUCAACCCAGAAAAGGAAGUCAUUAUCUGCUGGUAACAAAAAGUCUGCACCAUCCCCGCAAAGUGAGUCCAACGUGAGGAAUAGUGGGAAGCGGAGGAACUCAUUUGGCUCGCCUAGACGAGAUGACACUACCACCACCAACGACCAAGAGCCACGACCCAGUAAUAGCAGCAGCAGCUCCGUCCCACGGUUCAUGCAGGUUACGGAGUCCGCAAGAGCCAAACUUCAGGCUAAUAAUAGCUCUCCAAGAUCGAGCCCAGAUGUGAAUGACCGAGAGUACAUCAAGAAGCGUCAUUCUUUGCCUGGAGCAAAUGGGAGACAUGGUUCUCCACGCAUCCAGCGGACUACUUCUCAAACUCAACCGGCGGCAAAGAACGAGAAGAAGUGGCAGAGGUGAAGAAAUGUGAUGGAAGGCAAGGGUUGUUCAGGUAAAUUCUCUUCCUUUUUCGGUUGCUUGAUGGCGGCGGGACGAUUAUGUGAUAUGCGUAGAGAGAAGCGCGAGAGUUUGGAGGAAUGGAUAGGUGGGGAACCUGGGAAAGCAAGAAUGGAGUUUGUGUUUUGUAUAUUUGCUGGACAUGGAAAAUUUUAUUAACGCACAUAUUUACCAGAGGAGUAUUCCACAGUCGACAAUGUUACUUUCAUACAGAGUGUUCUGAUUGUUUCUUUGUUGCUGUUGUUUGUUCGAAUUUCUUUUUGUGUGAUAAUUGCAUUUUCACUACUGUGUGGCUGUGUUUGGUUUAAUUUCCUUGGGCUUGAUAGUUGAUUGUGUUUCUCGUUGUCUUGUUGUAAAGCGGAUUUUAUUACUGUGUAAUAAACUUUCUUAACUUCUACCGCUCUGGCCAACUCUUCUUCUCACCUCCUACUUUCGGGAGGUAUUGUAGAUUGAUCUCACAUUUCUUCAUAUGAUUUGUUGUGAAAAGCAGAUUUGUUGUUAAG